AUGUAUAUCAUUGUCAACAGUUUUGCAGAAAUUCAGGAAGGACAUAUUUGGAUUGUUAUGACUGUAGUGAAUCUUCUACUUGAAAAAGAAUGGUCAUAUUUGGGUGCAAGAGAUGCUCGAAGAAGGUUGACAAAAUUGGAAGUAAAUUUCAUUGCAAGAAAUGUGAUCGCCUUGAUAGUUCUGCCACUCAUAGGUUUGAAGAAGCCAGUAUUUACUCAUGGACAACUGUAUGUUGCUCUUUCACGCGUGACGAGUAGAAAAGGGUUAAAGAUUUUAGUUUAUGAUGAUGAUGGCCAAAUAACGAAUGAAGGUAGAAAUGUGGUGUAUAAAGAAGUUUUCCGUAAUUUGGUUUGA